AUGGUGACGAAACAUCGCACAUUUGGCAUAUUCCCCUACAUAAGAACAUGGACCAAUUUCUGGCAAUUGGGAAUGGCUUAUGCCUUCUUUUGGUGGUCUCUGUUUAUUGUUUACUGCAUAUGCUAUCAGUUGAAUAGGAUCCGUGUAUACAACAUUCGAAAGAAACGACUAUCCGACAAGCAAGAUAGAGUUACUGAUUUGCCAGGGGCCAAGCUAUGGCGUCGACUGGAUCGUGUUGUCCGUAUACCCUAUGUCACCGAGAUGGUUUCGAUCAAGAUUAUAUUGGCAACUACUAUUUUUGGUUUGAUCAAUUUGUACUCCAUUCUUUGGCUCAUACCCUAUGAACCAGAUCCGUAUCACCCCGCAGUCAUUGACCGACGAGCCGCAUUUCUCAGUAUGGUAGAUUGGGGAUUUGUGUUCUUUUUUGCUCAGAGAAACUCAAUCUUACCAAAGCUUUGUGGUUGGACAUUUGAAGAAUUGAUCCCGUAUCAUCGCAUUAUUGCUCGCAUUGGAUUCUUAAAUUUGGUACCUCAUCUCAUCUACAGAUGCAUCGAGGGAUACAUGGAGCAACAUCGCCUGUUUGAUGCCUUUUUCAAGGAUUGGGAAUAUAUUACAGGCACCAUCGCAACAGUCGCUUUUCUUCUCAUGUUUCUUACAUCGCUAGAGUACAUUCGAAGAAAUCACUUUGAGGUGUUUUACUACUCACACAUCCUACUCGUCAUUAUCUCCAUCAUCUUUACAUGCUGGCAUUACAAUACGUGCUUUGCAUUCUUUCUUCCUCCAGCAUUAUUAUGGGUUGCAGAUCGGGUGGUGAGAACCUACAAAUCUUGGAUCACCAAAGCUACCUAUGUUCAGGUGGACCAAGUUGCACCUCAAACAGCCAAGCAAGAGGGUAUCGUCCGCAUUAUUUUUGCAAACAAGAUGUUGAAAAACUUCAGGCCUGGUCAAUACGUCUUUACUGCUAUGGUUCUGAAUGGACGCAAACUAUGGGAAUAUGGCAACUGGCAUCCGUUUACAAUCUCUGAGAUAUUUCGCAGCAGAAAUACAAGCGUCAACCAGGAGAUUGAAGAGCGCAUUGUUGGAAGCGGCAUCACAGAUGAAACUACCAAGCUAUUACAGAAAGAUCAGCAAUCAUACAGCAGUGUUUCCAGUAUUGACUCCUUGCCAAACACCCUUCAUCGUCGCCGCAAGUUCACAGGUGUUCGAGAUGACACUACCAUGGCUUCAUUUCACAUCAAAGCUCUAGGCACAAAAACGCGAGAUUUGCUCAACUCAUCAUCUGUCAACAGCAGCAACUUGCAGAUAUAUAUUGAUGGACUGUACGGGCCUCAACUGCCUUUCCAAGAUUACCCUAUCCUUGCAUUAUUUGCCACUGGUAUCGGUGCUACACCCGCCAUGUCUAUUAUCCAAGACGCUCUUGAGAAGCGAUCAAAUGGUGUCCGCACUGUGACCACAGAUCACAUAUACCUCACCUGGGCUAUUCGUGUUACAGACGAGAUUGACCCCUUUAUGAACAUGUUUCGACAUUGGACUGACCUUCUACAUACUACCGUUCUGCCCAUCCAACUGACAGUUUCUGUGUACGUUACUAGAAUGAAACAAGGGCAUCAUGCGCUGAGUCAACUGGCACCCUUCUCAUUGUUCUUUGGUGAACGUCCUGAUGUGUCCACAGAGAUGAACAAGAUCAAAUCAGCACAUGCUCCGCAUCACAGAGUCUGGGCUCAUGUGUGUGGAUCCACACCAUUUACUCGUACUGUCAUUAAUGAGGCUAUCCAACAUGACUUUGAUAUACAUCACGAGACAUUUGAAUUCUAG